AUGAAAAACAUUGAAGUUGAAAAGCAAAUAAAUGUUGAGCAGGGACUUGGCAAUGACUAUAGCCCGACUCAUGAUGAUACAAACCAUACUGAACCUAGAGGUGAUUUCAGCCGUUCUCGAGACAUAACAACAAAGCACUAUACCAACGGCGAAAAAGCCGAUCCAGCAUCUGGUGAAAGACAAAACGAUCCAGCUAAAAAUGGCACCGAUUCUUUCAAUGACACUGAUCUAACAGUUGAUGCUUCUGCAGUUGCACCUCGCACUCUGCCACUACAAGUAGAAGGAAACAGUAAACAACCGGAAGAAGCUAGAUUUGAUGGCACGGUAAGAUGUGGUGAUGGACCUGUGAACAUUUUGGGACAGGAAAGAGAAGAUCCCGUUGAUUUAUCUGAUAUUGCAACUGCUGCAACAGAAACAAAUAGAACAGAAGAAACUCGCCAGUCAACAUUCUGGUUUGAAGUCAUUGACUUCCUGCAACGUAUGAUGCUCUUUAAGGAUUUUAUAAUGUUCGCUAGGAGACUUGCAAAUAAUACAAAUAAAGAGUUCUUCAAGAUAAUUGACGUGGUAAUAGAAAACUCUGGAGAAGGCAACGAAAGAAAAUAUCAAAUAUUGAAAAGAUGGCGAGAGGCCACCCCAAAUGCACAGUUAAAAGAUGUGAUAGACGCAAUGAAAUUUUACCACCAUAACGUUUUAUGUGCUGAACUUUUAAAUCAGUUAAAGGAUGAAAAUCUAUUGGACGCUGAUGACGAUUUGCUCGGUACAGUGACUGCACAAAGUGGAAAUGACAAUUCACUAUAUCCAGGAAUUGGUCUAUCCAUUCAAGAUGCUGACAUUUACAUAGAAGAAAAUGAUCUAGCGUACGGUGGACAUCUCGAAAUGGAAUAUCUUAAAUCUUUCAAAUGUUAAGAUGAUGAUGCUGGGUCUACAAGUUAACGAAUGACAUAUAAAUAUAUUUUUGACAAAACUAUAGAAAAUUUAACUCCAAGACAAUGACUAAGAUAUCGUCACAUAGUGCAGUAACGAGUUUACUCCUUACAUUAUUCAUAGCAGUUUGCCUAUUACUGCACUAAGAUGACGAUACAAUACAUGCUAUUUUGGCUUGCAAUUACCUGUUAUCCGAGCCUGCAACAUAUAGCAGUUGAUAAGUGGAAAACAGGUGAUCAAUGGGUGAUAUUGGUGUUGAAUACGUUGUCAUUGGCGCUGUCUACAAUUUGGAAAAACACUACCGGCUCUGUGUCACUGGGAUGUUAAACACUCGGCAGCGGACGCCCUCUAUUAGUGAUUUUAACCAAUUAGCAUGUUUCAAAGGAGUAAAAGCAAAGACGUUUCACAACCUUUGGCAACUGAAACAACCGAGUAUCUGCCGAGUAGUAUUGUAUUUUGUCCAAUUUAAUAAAAGCAUCGUAAUGGUGCUUCUCUUUGACCAGUAUUCACUAGGAUGAUGCAUGCGACAAAAAUGUGUAAAACAUGACCUUUUUUAAAUGGCGGAACUAUUUAAGUCUUUGAUCGCUGUCAGAUUAAAUGACAAAAUUUAUUUAAGUAAUCGAAAUAAUAAUACAAAAGUGUUCCAAAUCAGUAUGUUUUUGAGGCACUAUUUGUUUGACAGAUAUAGAGAUGAUAUAAUCAUAUAUAAUAUAUAUAUAUUCUUUACCUGAGUUUUUAGCUUAGAUGAUGUUUUAUAUGUUUCCUAACAUAAGUUGAUCGUUAUGAUAACACGCUUGCGUACACGAGUAUC